AUGUCGGAUAAUAGCAAUCGAUUCGGCAACUGGCAAGAUGAGAUUGGAAAUGCGGUUCAAGAUUUGACGAUUUUGACGCAAGCAGCUCGACCAGACGCGCGUCUACCACGCCAAGCUGCUUUGACCGACGUUCGGAAUAUCGCCCGUCCCCGAAGUUCCUCCUCUUCCUCCUCGCAGCUACAGCGUAUCAAUGGACCUUCCGGUUCGUUUCUGCCUUCUGCCGACCACGAGCAGUACGUCCUUCUCCGUAUGCUGCACAUCCAAAUGAAAGACGCCAGAGGCAUCGGGGCGGCGUUGCAGCUGCUCAAGUUGAAGCCAGAGAUUGUCGCGGAGCCUCCGCUUCGGCCGCUUGAGUCUAACACGACCCCAAACGGAGCUGAUACGCUGACUAUGGAGGUGCACUUUUCCGGAUGGCAUACGCUGACGGUUGGAGGCGAUGGUAGCAUGUUCCCGGCAAACGAUGACCGAGCUCGCGUACCCACGGAGCACGAAAAUUUGCGGGACCGGCUUCAGGAAGUCAGAGAGGUCGUACCUGACGUUGUAGCCCCAUUUCGCCAGAUGCAUAUUGCUGCUGAGGAGCCGCGAGUGGAUCUGGACGAGUCUGAUGGCUUCAUCUUCGUCGAACGGACAGUCAAUGAAGAUGACGAGAUCAAC